AUGCCUAAGACUGUGCUGGUGUUCGACGUCGAUGGCACCCUGACUCCAGCUAGGCAGAAAAUGCAUGACGACAUCCGUGAAUUCAUGAUGAAAGUGCGAGAACGCGUCCCUGUGGCCGUUGUAGGAGGAUCGGAUCUCGCCAAAAUCGUGGAACAACUAGCAGAAAAUAAGGAGGAUUUACUGUCGCGGUUUGACUUCGUCUUUUCUGAGAAUGGAUUAGUUGGAUUCAAAGGGAAGGAAAUGUUACCGUCCAAGGCAAUACAAGAUCAUAUUGGCGAAGAGAAACUGCAGAAGCUGAUCAAUUUUGUCCUAAGAUACUUCUCCGAAAUAACACUGCCAGUGAAGCGUGGUAAUUUCAUCGAGUUUAGAAAGGGAAUGCUUAAUUUUUCGCCGAUCGGUCGGAGCUGUUCGCAAGCAGAACGGGAUCAGUUUGUUGUUUACGAUAAGGAGCACAAAAUACGGGAAAAGUUUGUCAAGGAGCUGGAAGAGAAGUUCUCUGAGUAUGGACUUUGCUUUGUCAUAGGUGGACAAAUCAGUGUUGAUGCAUAUCCUGUUGGAUGGGAUAAGACGUACUGCCUUCAGUUCAUUGAGAAAGAUUUCGAUACCAUACAUUUCUUUGGAGAUAAAACAAUGCCGGGAGGUAACGACCAUGCGAUCUUCAUGGAUUCGCGCACAAUAGGACAUACAGUAGUGGAUCCGACUGACACGAAGCUCCAAGUGGAACAGUUGUUGAAGGAAUUAGGGUAUUGA